AUGGUCGGCACUCCAGAGCUACGAAAUCUACCUCCUCCACCAUUGCCGAAGCGGUCUUUCGAUGUCGCUAUCAUUGGCGCUGGAAUCGUGGGGUGCACCCUUGCUGUCGCGCUAGGCAAGCAGGGUCGCGAUGUUCUGCUGCUUGAACGGGACCUUUCGGAACCAAACAGGAUUGUCGGAGAGCUGCUGCAGCCGGGCGGUGUGAGGGCUUUGCAGCAAUUGGGAAUGGAGGACUGCUUGGAGGGAUUCGACGCCGUAGCCUGCCAUGGGUACCAGGUCCGGUACCAUGAUGAACCUGUGCACAUUCCAUAUGCUAUCGAUGAAGAUGGCAAGAGACCUGAAGGGAGGUCCUUUCAUCACGGGAGAUUCAUUCAGAAACUCAGAUCAGCAGCUAAGGCGACGCCAAAUGUGACAAUUGUCGAGGCUACAGUAUCAAAAAACUUGAUUAAGAAUGGUGCUUCUGGCCAUGUCAUUGGUAUCCGUUGUACCCCUCGGAACACGAAGGCGGAGAUUUGUUAUUUUGCUGCCAUUACAGUCGCUGCCGAUGGCUGCAAAUCCAAUAUUAGAUCCGAUUUUAUCCCUCGUCAGGUUCAGGUCAAGUCCCAUUUCUUCGGGCUAGAGAUGAUCGAUACGAAAAUGCCACUUAAACAUCACGGAAUAGUCGUUCUUUCGAAUCGGGCUCCAGUCCUCAUAUACCAAAUCGGUACACAUGAAACACGAGUCUUGGUAGACAUCCAGGGCAAACCACCGUCCCAAACAGAUGGUAGCCUUAAGUCAUAUAUGAUGAGCGCGGUUCUGCCUACACUGCCCGAAGAGGUCAGGCCGUCAUUCCGGAAAGCUGUUGAAGACUCCAAGUCUAUUCGGUCGAUGCCAAAUUCGUUUUUACCACCAACCAUGAAUAAGACCCCCGGUUUGAUACUAGUUGGGGACUCAAUGAACAUGCGACAUCCAUUGACUGGAGGUGGCAUGACUGUGGCAUUUAACGACGUGGUGCUACUCCGUGAUUUGCUAGCAGACGUCGAGGACUUGAACGACUCUGAUCUUGUCCUUGAUAAGCUGGCGGAGUUCCACUGGAGGCGAAGAGGCCUUACAAGUGUAGUGAAUAUUCUGGCACAGGCUCUUUACAGCUUGUUUGCUGCAGAUGGUGAGUUUGUAUUACCGGCCCCUAUGAUUCGGGCACAGGCUAAAGAAAGAACAGACGAAAAUCUAAAGGUUCUCCAAAAGGGCUGCUUUGCCUACUUCCAGAUGCAAGGUAUUUGCAUCGACCAUCCCGUUGGACUUCUCUCUGGUAUGCUGCGUCGACCUCUCGUCCUUUACAGUCAUUUCUUCGCCGUGGCCUUUUAUUCCAUCUGGAUAAUGUUCAAGACGACAAACCCACUCCUUUGGCCGAUUUGCUUCCUUAGAAGUUUCAUGGUAUUCUACACUGCCUGUGUAGUCAUCCUGCCCUACAUCUGGGCUGAGCAGCAAUGCUAA